GUGCGUUGUCGGCCUUUUCCAGUGUCGGCGUAAGGGCCACUGAUACCCCGGGCGAAAAUAUUGUGGCACCCACUUGAGGGAAGCAAUAUCAAGUGUUAGUUUUUUGCGGAUCCCAUCGGCGGCGGUAUCGGCACCCCCCAGAAUUUGUCGCCCUGGGCCAUCGCCUCAUCACGGCACAUGCACUUAUCGCCGGCACUGGCCUUUUCAAAAGGAGUAUGCUCUUUUCUUGAAGGUUUGAAGGUAGUAUCGGUUCGAAAAUACUGCCGACGACAAGACAAGAUAAUUAUAGAACGACUACAGAGGUUUCAUACGGUGAAACAAUAGAUCGAACGCUACAACGACAAAUAAAAAAAAGAAACUGUCAGUGAACGUGAAACGCACCCAACUUGAUAGGAACAUCAAAGAGUUAAAUAAAUAUAAGGCCAAGAGUAUAAUAAAGAUGCGGGGAAAUGAGCAAGAUGAAUAAAAUGAUACAAACGUUGCCCUUAUUUUUUGCUUAUCGUACUUACUUAUUAGAUUAAUAAUAUAUCUUACAAGUCAAAUUCAUUAAAAACUUAAGUUUACUUGCAUAAGUAUUUACAUAAACAAAUCUGAAAUAACAGUAUAUCAAGAUUACUUCCGAAGAAGAAUAAAUACAAAAUGCCGCACAAGAAACACAAUUGCGAUUUAAAUCUCGGUUCUGACAGUAUGCUGCCCAAAAAGACUACGCUACUCGGUCGCAUGUGCCGUAGCCUGCGCAAGCUGGGGCAGAUCACCAAACACCAUCCGGAGACGUACGAAUAUUUCCGAAGCUAUUCGGCCGUGGUCGCCGAACGACAGAGACAACUACUGGAGGAGGGAGGGAAUGUUAUACACCCUCUUAGCUUGUUCAGCCUAGUUUGGAUGUCCGUGAUGAUAAUUAUAAAUCUAGCACACAUGGUCUUGUCGAGCUUCCGGCUGUUUUUCAUCCUGCAGUAUAUCGACAAUCCGGAGAUACACUGGUUGGACCUUGUAAUGGUAGGCCUACAGCUCGUCUGCCUCGUCGAUAUCUUCAUCAAGUUCAACACGGGAUACUUAUACAAAAGUCAUUUCCAUGUCUUUAUGAGCAGGAAAUCUAUCUUUUGUCACUACCUUCGUCGAUGGUUCAUUGUGGACCUGGCGUCCAGCCUGCCAGGAGUCUACGUCCUCACUUACCUGAAUACUGGUAACCGGUGGCUGCUGGUAGCUCAUAUGAUGGCGCUACUUAGAUCUGCUAAGAUCUACAACGUUAUUAUUGAUAUAAAGGUCUUUUUGAGGCUGUUCACGGAGUCGUAUAUCGUGCACGGUCUGGUUCGCCUGAGUAUGAUGUUUGUGUUGUCUUCGCACUGGUGCAGCUGCCUCAUGUAUUGCCCGGCUAUCGUCGUCUACUACUGGUCCGGAGAGAUGCCGACACAUUACAACUUCUACAUGCGCAUCCCCGGCACGAAAGACUUAAUGGGACAUGACCUGUCCACUCGAUACAAUAAAGCUAUUAUAAUUGCUCUUUCCGCAUUCUUUGGUACCGGCUUUACUAUGUUCCGCUCAACAGAGCCAGAUGAAAUCUUGAUUCAUUCCGUGAUCAUUGUCUACGCCGCCAUGUUUAUGGUAUUUACGCUAGUUUACCUGAUAAAAAGUUAUCUCACAAUCUUUGGGUCUACAAUGCGGUACCAGGGACUUAUGAAUCAAGUAGAGGAGUACAUGAAAUACAGACAGUUCCCGCUUUCCUUGAAGAAACGUGUGCGGGCAUUCUACAAGUACAGAUAUCAGGAGCGGUACUUUAAAGAAGAGUCUGAACUGGACUGUCUUUCGGAGGAAUUACGUGAUGAAAUCAAGCUGCACACGUGUCGCACGUUGGUCCACAAGGUGAAGUUGUUCGAGGACGUGCCUGCGAGCGUGGUGGGCACAGUGCUGGGCUGCCUGCGCCCCGAGGUCUACCUGUCCAAUGACCUGGUGGUCCGCGCCGGAGACAUCGGCGACUGCAUGUACUUCAUAGCCACUGGGACUGUUGCUGUGUACUCCUUGAAGGGAGUUGAGGUGUGCCACUUGGAGGACGGCCACCAUUUUGGCGAAGUGGCGUUACUGAUGAAGGACAGCAAACGCAUAGCCACUGUAGUCGCUGUCGAGAUUACUCAGCUGUACCGACUUGAUGCACUUGACUUCAACCGGUUUGUCUUGUCCCACCCGACAUUGUACGACCGCAUCGAGGCGCUGGCGUCCCAUCGCAUGCACCAGACAGUGCUCCUUGAUGACGCAUUCCGCCGAGAGAGGGAACAGCACAACCUCGCCGAACAACUCUUUAACCUACCUAAUGAAUAUACUGAAACUUGAACACAGUAUCGUAUCGAAAGUAAAGAUGAUGGAAUGUGCCUUACAAACAUAAAUAAAUUUUACUGUCAGUACUGAAAAGCCAGCAAUCCAGCAGAUAGAAGCAGCAAUAACAAUUUUCCAUCUGCUUUCAAAUAAGAAUCUCUUUUGAUGGAAAACAAGUUGCAAUGUUACUGCACUCGUUUAUUCAGUCUU